AUGGACCCUUCUGACAAAAGAAGAGAGCUGAGGAACGACCAGUACAAUAGUCUCGGUAAAAAUAACAGAAAGCGUACAAGACAGUGUGAUAGGUGCGUUGAAGGGUAUCACAAUACGCUCAAUAAUUGCACUGACAAGUGCAAACCAAACUGUCUGACGUGUUUAGAUGAAGAUACCUGCAUUGCCUGCAAAUCUGGAAAGUACGCAAAGAAUUGCGAUUUGAAUUGCUAUCGAGGAUGCAUCGGUGGCGAAUGUAAGUUUAUGAAUGGGACAUGCACAUGUGCUCAAAACUUUAUUGGCGAUAAGUGUGAAUAUUGUGCUCCGGGAUAUUAUGGCGCCCUUUGCGAAACUUGCCCUUUAGGAUGCUUUGAUCACAAUUGUAACAAAUUAGAUGGAACAUGUGAGGCAAAUGGAUCACGAACAUCUGGGUGCAAAGAUGGGUUUUGGAAUGCACGUUGCACUGAACGUUGCCGCGAUAAAUGCCAGUUUUGCAACCAAACUAAUGGGGAAUGCCUCACAUGUCUAACAACGAAUGUCUAUGGAUGUAAUUGUGAUUUUGAAUGCAGCAAGCACUGCCUUAACCAGUCAUGUUCCAUGAAUGGUGAAUGCAAUCUGGGAUGUGCCACCCAUUUCUUUGGUAGGAAGUGUGAUACUCCGUGUCCAGAAAACUGUGCUGAGAGAGGACUUAGCUCACGUUGUUCCAAUGACAACGGAACGUGCAUGUUCGGAUGCAGAGAUGGAUUCAUCGGGGCAACAUGUGCACAAGUUAUUGCAGUAACUGCAGAAGUUGGUAAAGAUGCUAGCGGCCAUACUGCGGCAGCUAUCGGAGGAGGCGUGGCGUCCGUUGUCAUUGUUCUUGCAAUUGUAUUGAUACUGAUGGUGAUAUAUAUUCACAAAAGGCGCAACAAGCAUGACCAAACAUCUGACUAUGAAACAACGCAAAGAUCUGAGAGUGGGUCCUCGGAUAUUCACCUGUAUUCUGGGCUGCAUGGGAAUAGUAAGAAAUAA